AAGCUUUUGGUGACCGUACCUUUUCAGAAUUUUCAGAUAACACUUUCGAAAGCCACGAUACCAAACAGACUCUGAUUUGCGCUAGGGCCUAUUCUUUGCUCUCGAGUUUACUGUUCGAUAACAAAAGAAGAGGAAAAGAGAAAGGACCAUCUGGAACCUCUGCUUCCAGCGAUUGCGAAGCCGACCGGAGCGGCAACCCAGCCCUUUCAUCAUCGCUCUAGUCUCUGGUAGAGCCACCAUUUCAUUUUGUUGCAUCAUUUUUCUGAGGAGAGAAACAAAUCGAAGGUUUUGAAGUACGAAAUUUGUGGCCGUCGAUUUACAUAGCUCCAGUGCCUGUUUUGCACCGGUGGCUGCCAUGGACCUCGUGUGAGCUCGCUUUAUCAGUCAUCUCACCUGCAGCUUGAUUCGGCAGACGCGGCUACAGCCCAGUUCUUCUCUAAGGAGUGGUUCGAGGAUCAGUUUGAUUUGAAAACUUAAUUAAUGUAGUUUUAUUAUCGUUAGACCAAUACCAUUCCCUGCCUCCUCCAACGUCUCAGCCAUCAGCGACGGAGAGGUCUCCCGUGCCUCCUCCAACAUUAGCCAUUUGCAAGAGCGCUCACCUCCUCCUCCACAUUGACCCUUCCAUCCAUCCCGCAAAAACCAUGAAUGUUAAAAAAGAAGAAGAAGGAGGGAGAGAGAGAGAGAGAGAGAGAGGGAGAGAGAUUCAGAAAUCAGAAGGUUGCAACAAAUUCUGAUAAAUUCUUGGGCACAUGGAAAUUGAUAAAGCAAUCAGAGAAUGCGAUGAUAGAAGGCUCAAAACCAAGUACAAUAACGCCAUCUAUGUUAUUCAAAGAGCACUUACACUAUACUCGAUCGAAGAGGUUGCCUUUAGCUUUAAUGGAGGAAAGGAUUCAACUGUUUUAUUGCACUUGCUUAGAGCUGGCUAUUUUUUGCAUAAAGAGGCACAAAAUUGUUCGGAUAGGGGUCUGAAUUGUUUUCCAAUUCGCACAAUAUAUUUUGAAAGCAAUUCUGCUUUCCCUGAAAUCAAUUCUUUUACCUAUGAUACAGCCUCGAGGUAUGGUUUGCAACUGGAUAUCAUUAGCUUAGAUUUCAAGUGUGGAUUGGAAAGUCUACUAAAAGCUAAUCCUAUCAAAGCUAUUUUCCUCGGUGUUCGAAUUGGCGAUCCUACUGCGGUAGGCCAAGAACAGUUCUCCCCUAGUUCACCUGGAUGGCCACCUUUUAUGAGAGUGAAUCCUAUCUUGGAUUGGUCUUAUAGAGAUGUUUGGGCCUUUAUUUUGACCUGCAAAGUCCAAUACUGCAGCCUUUAUGAUCAAGGAUAUACUUCAAUAGGGAGCAUAUAUGACACAAUACCAAAUUCAAUGUUGUGUAUAAAUGACUCCGGUUGCAAUACAAAAUUUAAACCUGCAUAUUUGCUUUCUGAUGGAAGAUUAGAAAGAGCGGGAAGGGUAAAAAAGUCAUCUCCUUCCAUUCCUGGGCCUUUUUCUGUUGCUGGAGAUAUAUCAGACAGUGUGGACCCACACAAAAAUGGCAUGCUUGUAGCCUCAUUGAUUGCUGUGGGAGAUGAGAUUCUCUCAGGCACCGUUGAGGAUCAAUUGAGUACUUCAUUGUGUAGAAAGCUCCUUUCUAUUGGGUGGUCAGUAUCACAAACCGUGAUUGUCCAGAAUGAUAUAGAUUCUGUUGCUGAAGAGGUUGAGCGACAUAAAUCUACCAAUGAUAUGGUAUUUAUAUAUGGAGGGGUAGGUCCAUUGCACUCAGAUGUUACCUCGGCUGGUGUUGCAAAGGCCUUUGGGGUUCGCUUGGCCCCUGAUGAAGAAUUUGAAGAAUAUCUUAAGCAUCUUAUCGGCGAUUACUGCACUGGUGAUCGAAAUGAGAUGGCUUUGUUACCUGAAGGUAUCACUGAAUUAUUGCAUCAUGAAAAGCUACUUGUUCCGAUGAUUAAGUGCCAAAAUGUAAUUAUUCUUGCGGCAACAGACAGUGCUGAGCUGGACAAGGAAUGGGAGUGUUUGACUGAACUAGGAAAAUCAUAUGGUCUGUUAGCUAUAGGGGAACCAUUUAUAUCAAGACGCUUAACAACAAAUCUUUCAGACGUAGAAAUUGCUCAACCCCUAUCAAAACUUUGUCUUGAAUUUCCUGAUGUUAGUAUUGGGGCUUACCGCAAAUGCAGAAGAAAUGGGUCUCUAAUAAUUAAUUUUAAAGGAAAGAAGCGUGCGCGGAUUGAUUUAGCUGUAGAAGCAUUAUGCAAGAUGUUCCCUUCAAUAGCAUUUACAGAAGUUAACUAAGUUGGUGGUUCUGCUUAUCUUCGAAUUGUUGAUUUUGAAGCUUCAGAGGCCGAAAGCUUAUUUCAUGUUUUCAUACUGGUUGUUCACAGCACGCAUGGAGCAGGAUGCAUCAUACGAGAUGCUGCAUCCGAAGGUAUUUAUUUUUUUUAGUAGAAGAAAAAAAAAAAAAAAAAAAACUGAGGUAAAACCAAGUUGCUGGUGGUUCUGCUCACCUUGGCAUUGGAGCUUUAGAAACUGUAGAAGCUAAUGGCUUAUUCAGUAUUUGUACUGCUCUGCUACAUUAUGGCGUAGGAGGUCGUCUUGUAGUUGAUCUGAAAAUAAUUGGUUUCCAAACCUGGCUGAACCUAUAAACUGGUCCUGGUAUUGGGUCUGAAAUUUAAAAUUUAAUAUAUACAAUGCAUUAUUUCGA